AUGUCCACCGAGCCGUCCCCUCGCGCCGUGAGAUUCUCCAACGGAGACGACGAAUUGCGCCCAGACACCACCAUGCCCCAUCGUCCUGUGCCCGUCGCCGUUGACUCUGACAACUCUGCCUCGUCUGCUGAUUCACAUCCCGACGACCCGCACGCACUUGAGCGUCAGGAUGAAGUCGGUUCCCUUGUCAGAUAUCAAGAGGGUCAUAUCGCCGGCUCCAUGUCCAACAUCGUUCAGGCUGCCGUAGCCAACGGCGGCACCACCCGCAGUCUACGAAGCAACGCCAGCGACGGUGAUGCUUCCUACGCCAACGGCACUGCCGCGACCAAAAUCCAACGGCCCAGCGCCCCCGCAAGGACGCCCUCCAACACCUACGCCCCGGCCGCCCAUCGCAGGCCACAACCCGCUCCUUCAUUUGUCGAAUCCGUUCGAGCCUCGUCUAGAGGCCGCCCUCGUCCGAGCGAGAGAUUUCGUCAGCAGGAGAGGGCCUACGUCCAGAGGCUGCGUCAGGACCACAACGAUGGCUACCCUUUCGACGGCGGAUACGUAAACGGCAUAAACGGCAUAAGCCAAGGCGGUGAUUCCGAUUCCGAGGGUGAGACACCAUCGUCCGAGGGCCCGUUCGACGACAGAUACGACCAGGAGACCAUCAUGUUCUACGGCAACGACGACCUGCAACCGAGCGAUGAGGAUCUGAAAGACCCCACCAACCGUGAACGACUAGAAUGGCAUGGCAUGCUCGAGGCCGUCUUGACUGGAGAUGUUGUCAAGCAAGAAAAAAAACGGUUGAUCGGAUCCAACGAACAAGCAGUUGGGAAGAGUGGGCAAAAGGCGGAGCUGUGGCUGGGGAUUCGCUCAAAGGUCUGCGGGCGGCAUCUCCCAGUGCAGAGGCGAAUGGUAGAAGAGGCCCGCGCGACGUUGGACCGCACGCUGGACGAGAUCAUCAACUUCUCAGUCAAGGGCGAGAGCGAGGCUGGGAAGCCACCGUACGAACAGGUGAAGGACGUGGUCAAGAAGAUCGACAAAGCCGAAAGCCUGUACCCUUCGUGGACCUCACUGGCCGCCGAGCACCAAUCAGCCAGCUCCCCGCUCUUCCAAGAAGCUUCGGAAUCCAUCAUUGCAUGGUACAACACCAAUGAACUUAUCAACACGGAGCUUGCCAUCCUCAAGAAGUGGGUCGGCAAUGAAGAGUUGGACUUCACGCGGACACGACAACGUUCACCCGUGGGCAACGGUAUUAGCGACGAAUCGUCUUUCCUUGACCGGCUGAUGAAGGAGGAUGGCUUGAGAUCACUCUACGACGAGGAGUUCGACGACGAAAAGAAUAAGGAUGCUCAUAAGGGCAUGCUGCCUGGCAUCUCCACCGUCAUCAACAAGUCCAAGGAGACGCUUAUCCGCAAUUUUGCCGCUUUCCAGAAACGACAUCUCCCACCAUACAUCGAGGAGCUUCUGACCCUCAUCAGUUUCCCGUCUCGACUGAUCGAGGAGAUAAUCAAAGUAAGGCUUGCUUACGCUAAGAAGGUCAAGGAGUCUGCGCAGCAAAACCCCAUGAUGCAAGACCAGAUGAUCAGCCAGUUUCAGCUGCUCCUGAAGCUAGCCAUCCGCAUCAAGCUGGAAUGUCUUGCCGUCACACAACCAGAGCCCGGCUGGGAGCUCCCCCCUUGCAUCGACGAGUCCUUUGACCAGGUUGUGCUGGACGCUCUCAAAUACUACUUCAAGAUGCUCAACUGGAAGUUGAGCGGCAACAAGAAUACCUUCAAGGAGGCCGAACUUUUGUUCGCUGAAUGGGACUUCGCCAACGAGAUAGGCAGUCACCUCCUGGGCGGAGACGUCGAGGUCGCUGAGCAGUUUAGCUCGCUCACGUUCAAGGCCAUCAACCGUCUCAGUGUCACCUUUGAGAAAGAGCUUCAAGUGAAGCCGAGAGAGAGUACUGCUGAGAUGAGCAAGAGAUACAAGCAGUGUUUAGACUCGGUCCGCGUGAGGCAAAGAAUGCUGCAACGUUUCUCCAAGAUGCUGAGCGAAAACUACGAAAACGCGUCUGACUUCAGCAUCGCAUUCGCGCCAGAGAAGCUGCAAGAGUUCUACGACAGACUCAUCGUCUCGGGCCACUUCCAAGUCUUCACAGACCUCUACGAGCAGGAAGGCAUAUUCAUUAUGGCAUCGCCCUCUUUGAUGGACAGACACGACGCAAUCCAAUCCAUCCUGGGUCUCAGCUCGCCCGAGCAGUUCGCAGAGGACCCUACCGACCCGUAUCUUUUGAUAUUGCGGCCUGAAGGCAACCCGCACUGGUUCGGUGACGUGGUUCAGCUUUCGGUUCGCGAGCGGAGCGUCGACCUGAAGAAGGGCCACAUGAGGCUAGUCGCCGUUGGUGCUCAGGCGCGGCUCGUCGACGCCAGGAGAGCCUUCAUCGAUGCCGUCGACAUGCACGUGGACCUGGUAGUAGAACAGCGAUCAAACUUGCAUAAGGUCAACACGCGUCUGAUGGAGAUCAGGCGCGUUGCAUACAAGCUUUCCAACAACUUCAUGGACAGUGUCGAGAUCAUCCGCAAACAGACCGAAGGCAGAGAGGUCCAGGAGCUUAUCCAAACCUGCUUUGUCUUCGCGACGGAAUUCGGUCAGCGCUCGCUGCUCGUCAUGGACAGCAACCGGAAACAAAUGAACAACCUUAAGCUCACCAAGCUCGCACUGGACUGGGUCAGUUUCAUUUGCGACGACUGUAUCGCAUCGGAUCGAAAGACGUUCCGUUGGGCGGUUCUGGCUCUGGAGUUUGCCAUGGGGAUGACCAGGGGACGACACAUCCUGGCCUUGGGCGAGGAGGAAUACGCCAGGCUUCGGGCCAAGGUAGCCGGCUGCAUGGCUCUCCUCAUCUCGCAUUUUGACAUCAUGGGGGCCAGAUCCAACCUGGCUGCGCAGGCAGAGAAGGAGCGCAUUGAGGCUUUGGUUGGUCAGUUCAAACGUCUCGAUAAAAAUCGGAUGCUUGACGACCACGAAGCUUCCAAGUAUAUCACGGAGCAGCGCUUGGAGGAACUCGAGAAGGUCGACGAGAUCAGAAGGGCAAAGGAGGCAGAGAGGCAAGCGCUCGGCCACGUGCUCGAAGGAAACAACGAGGUUGACCGCUCACUGGCCUACCUCUCGUCCUCGGCUACCAACAUCACGAUGCGCUGGCAACAGGGCCAUUUUGUUGGCGGUGGUACCUUUGGCAACGUUUACGCCGCCAUGAAUUUGGACUCGGGCCACUUGAUGGCCGUCAAGGAGAUCCGGUUGCAAGAUCCAAAGUUGAUCCCCACCAUUGCCGAGCAGAUCAAGGACGAAAUGGGCGUUUUGGAGGUCCUCGACCACCCCAACGUCGUCUCCUACUACGGCAUUGAAGUCCACCGUGACAGAGUCUACAUCUUCAUGGAGUUUUGCCAGGGCGGCUCUCUGGCGAAUCUGCUGGAGCACGGCCGUAUCGAAGACGAACAAGUUAUCAUGGUUUACGCAUUGCAGCUGCUUGAGGGUCUCGCUUACCUUCACGAGAGCGGCAUUGCUCACCGCGAUAUCAAACCUGAGAAUAUUCUACUUGACCACAAUGGUAUCAUCAAGUAUGUCGACUUCGGAGCCGCCAAGGUCAUUGCCAGGCAGGGCAAGACCCUCGUCCAGGAUCUCUCCUCCACGAAACCUAAUAAGUCCAUGACGGGAACACCAAUGUACAUGUCUCCCGAAGUGAUCAAGGGCGAAAACCCUGGAAGGGCCGGCUCGGUUGACAUCUGGUCUCUGGGCUGCGUCAUUCUUGAGAUGGCUACCGGUCGCCGCCCUUGGGCCAACUUGGACAACGAGUGGGCAAUCAUGUACAACAUUGCGCAGGGCAACCCUCCCCAGAUGCCGUCAACCGAACAGCUCAGCCCCCAGGGCAUCGACUUCUUGGGGAGGUGCUUCACCAGAGACCCCAAGCACCGUGCGUCCGCUGUUGAGCUCCUGCAGCACGAGUGGAUCAUGACGAUUCGCAGCCAGGUCGUAGAGCCGGCCACGCCUAGUGACGCGAGUUCCUCGGCUCAGUCAACACCCAGCUCCAGGAGUAACACCAACGACGGUUUCUACUAG